GUGAAUUCGCCACCGCCAACCACACCGGACAAGACAAACAACUUUUACAUCGGAAUUGGCCAAAACCCCGGAUAAGACUACUUAAUACCCGGACAAGACUACUUCUCGGCUAGACAAGACUACGGUCUAGACAAACAACAGAAUGGACGACAUUCUUUUAGCAAGGCUUAGGCUCAUUAACGACAAACUCACAACGGACUUAGAAGUAAUUCCGGGUACUGUUAAUUUAGAAAAUUUAGUGCAGGCUCAGAUCACCUACAGUAAAUUAGAAGCAACACUGAAAAGACUUAGCAGAGACCUGACGGAGUACUUUAGGCUGGCUUCGACACCCGCAUCUGAUGAAAUCUGCUUGAUAAGUGGACUUCAACUUCAAGCAGAGGAGACUUUAGCUGAACUUAAGGUGAAGAUUGACCAGAUAUCUACAUCAAGCAAACCAUCAGAGAAGCUGACUGAAGCGAACUCCUCGUGCAGACUUCCUAAGCUCCAGCUGCCGGUGUAUAAUGGGGAUGUACUGGCGUGGUAUGAAUUUUGGGAUGCCUUCAGAAGCAACAUCGAUGCAAGGAACCUGCCGGAUGUUGACAAGCUUUCUUAUCUUAAGACUUCAGUCACGGGAGAUGCCAAAAAAGUCAUUGACGGUCUAGCGACUACAAGCACCAACUAUGCUAUUGCCGUUACGAUACUGAAGGAAAGGUUCGGGAAAACUUCACAUCUUAUAGACGCGCACUAUGCAACAUUAUAUAAAAUUAAGAUGGCCAAAGGCAGUGCGGAUGACUAUAGAAGGACUUUCAACGAAAUCGAAAGGAAUCUUAAGAUUUUAGAAUCACUAGGUGAGAACAUUAACCACAACCAUCUGCGCUUCAUGCUACUAGAGAAGUUUCCUUCUGAUCUAGUAUACGAAAUAAAACUUAAAGUUAAGGAUGAUUCCAUUCAAGAACUGAGAAGCCACCUGGAUAAAAUCAUCACUGCCAAAGAGGACGCGGAAAGGAUAUCGGGUAGGAAACGCCCUCAAGAGACAGAAGCUAGUACGGUCGGGACUCUUCAUGUGAAUGCAAAACGUGCGAGAUACGCAAACCAGUCCCAACUACAACACAGUAACCAGAGUAAACAAAACCAUCAGGGACGCUUUGAUAAGAGACCGGUACUAAAGAAGUUUAAGGGUUUCAAGAAAUAUGACAAUAAAGGAAACAGACCAAACCAAACUUCAACUUCAAACAAAGAUCAGGCAGAAACUCAGCGAAGUACUCCAGGGGCUAAGAAGGGAUUGGUGUGUAUAUUUUGCGAAGGGAGCCAUUAUAAUGAUAGUUGCCCUGAAGCAUCUACUUUAGCAGAAAGGAAGAAACGACUUGCAGGACGAUGCUACAUCUGCUUCAGUAAGAAUCACGUAGCAAAUGCUUGCUGGAGAAAGAGAAGGUGUGCCCGUUGUAAAGGAGAAGUACCGCAUAAUAGAGCAUUAUGUCCUUUAAAUUUUCAGAAGGAUACAACGGAGAAGAGUCAGUCCUGACGGUUCUAGAAGAGGGAAUCACAGCACUCCAAACGGCAACAGUUUAUGCAAGCCCCAUAGAUGAUAAGAAUAAACAAUUUAAAUAUAGGCUUCUUUUAGAUCCAGGUUCCCAACGCUCUUAUGUAACAUUCCGGACUGCAAAGGAAUUAAAACUUCCCGUCGAAGAAGAGAGUCAUCUAGUAGUAUUCACCUUCGGCGACGAUCCUCCCAGAGAGAUACAUAGCCCAAUAGUCACCCUUCAUCUACUAUCUAGAACAAACAAGAACAUAGUAAUACAGGCUAACUGCGUAGAGCAUAUCUCCAGAGGUUAUAUACCUAAUGUCAAGAUGAAGAACUUACCGGAGUCAUAUACACUAGCGGACGACGGGUCGCUAAGCGGACCUGUACAGAUCUUGG